AACUCAUCUCCUCCGGAACACGACCAUCAGUACCAGGAGCUUCUGGAGUCUUCCCCUUCUAACUCUGCUCUUUCUACUCCCUCUUCUGUCGUUUCUGACACAAAUUACACAACCACUGAUCGUUCAAGCCAGCUGCAACAAGAUCCAACGUCAUCCAGCCACUUGCCGGACUCCACUGCUGAGCCCAAUAAGGAUCUUUCAUGUAAGCAGCGACCUCCUAGGGCUCGACAAACAAGGAGGGCAUCCAGAAAAGCCCCUUGUGAUGAAGAAAAUUCGAAAAGAAGCACAGCGGAACAUGGUGGCGGAACCUCUUUGAUUUCCGGUAAUAAAGGGUCUGAACUUGUCUGCGAAUUCGGAUCAAUUAUUGACAUUGGUAUUAUUUAG